AACAAAUCUAAAAUCCAAAUGGUGUGGUGCAGAAAUAGUUUCGUCCUAUUUCAUUCGGUUUCCCCGACAAAACCAACAAAGUUUCAUGUCCCCAAACUCACAAAUCUACAGAACACACGAAAAACAGUUGCACUGCGUCGUCGUCACAAACAUGUACUACGUUGUUUUACAUAUAAAUUCCAAAAAACAGUACACAAAAGCAGCAGCAUCUACGUAUGGACGAAAACUACGCAAACACACAUGAAACGCUUUACCCUCCAACAAACAUCUUCAUCUCCUUCUUCCUCAAGACCUAACAAAUCAAUGACUUCUUCACUUGCUUCCUUUUUCCUCUCAAACCCUCGUCCUUUUCGUCCUCCCCAAAACCCUAAUUCCAACCCCCAUCUCGUUUUCCCACUUCGCACCCUCAAUUUCUCUUCCAAAUCUACCCCACCCCCACCUAACCCCGAUUCAAAACCACCCACCAUUCAAGAACCACCGUUCCCACCUCCUCCUCCUACGGCGGCGCGUGAGAAGAAAUCAUUCGCGGUGGCGACUGGGGAGCUAUUUCUUGGGAUUGCUUCACGAGUAUUGAGGCGUGGGAAUAAUAUAGUUAAUGGAUGGAAUGAGGAGCCGACACGUGUGACUAUGUUUAAGGAGGAUGAUGACGAUGAAGAGAGUAGUGAAUCGUAUUUCUUGAAAAGGAGGAAAGAAGGGAUAGCGACAGUGGUUGAGGACCCGGUUCAACCUGAAGUUGUGUGGGAGCAAACUGAGAAGGAUUUGGAAGCCGAGAAGAGGUUAAAAAAAGUGACUAGUCCUGGAUUUAGUUUCUCUGCUGCUGGGCUUUUGUUUCCGUAUCAUCUUGGUGUUGCUAAGCUUCUAAUUGAGAAAGGUUAUAUCAAGGAGACAACACCACUAGCUGGUUCAUCUGCCGGUGCCAUUGUCUGUGCAGUGGUUGCUUCUGGUGCCAGUAUGCAAGAGGCUCUAGAUGCUACUAAAAUAUUAGCUCAAGAUUGUCGGCUCAAAGGGACAGCAUUUCGCUUAGGGGCUGUUCUUAGAGAAGUUCUUGAGAAAUUUCUUCCUGAUGAUGCUCAUAUUAGGUGUAAUGGAAGAGUUCGUGUUGCUGUUACACAGAUACUUUGGAGGCCCAGAGGCUUAUUGGUUGAUCAGUUUGAUUCUAAGGAGGAUCUUAUCAAUGCUGUCUUCACUUCUUCUUUUAUCCCCGGAUAUCUUGCUCCACGACCGGCCACGUUUUUCAGGAAUAGACUGUGUAUUGAUGGGGGGCUGACACUGUUUAUGCCACCGACAUCUGCUGCUCAAACGGUGCGCAUUUGUGCUUUUCCAGCCAGUCGAUUGGGCUUGCAGGGAAUUGGUAUAAGUCCUGACUGCAACCCUGAAAAUAGGGCCACUCCCCGCCAGCUUUUCAAUUGGGCACUUGAGCCAGCAGAAGAUGAUAUUCUUGAUAAGCUCUUUGCGCUAGGUUAUGCGGAUGCAGCUGUGUGGGCCCUGGAGAACCCGGUCGGGGACUUACUUCAAGAUGACAGUUCUUCCAUAGGCAGCAGUCUGGCACAUUAGCUUUAUGACGAUUGAUUUAGUUCAAAGAGUGUAUGAGAUCGAGAUGAUACUACUACGUUGCAAUAGUCGGCUCAUGUAACCUGCAAAUAAGAGAAGCCUUUAGGGCACGCUUCAACAAUGAUGGAGCUGUUGCCCUUAACAAGGAGCUGAUACUGAGGAAGAACGAAGAGGGUCGGAAACUGGUGGUAGGUUAGCAGUAAGGUUUUGUAUACAUAGCAUUGCUAAGUUGUAAAUUAUAAAGGGAGGGGUAACAAAAGGAUGCACAGAAGAACAAAAAGAGCACAUGAUUUAGGAUCUGUAGUACUAUUGUUCUACAUUUCCUAUACCAUUUACUGAUGAAAAAAAGUAGAAGCAGCCCAUUAUUUUCUCUGAUUAUACAAACUCUAGUCAUUGUAGACCUUUUCAGUUACAAAUUGCUGUAUAGAGACGAAGUUGGUGUCGUGAAUAUCCUAUUUUGAAGUGGAUAGUGUUGUUAAAUACAUAUUUGCGAUAUCAUCUUUAAUAUCAACAAGAUUUAUAUCGUAA